GAGGGUUGAUGACGUCAACAUUCGGACUCCAUGGCGGCUCGGCGGCGGGGGACGAGCAGCGGCAGGCGGGCGCGAGCUUCUGUAGCAUUAAAUGAAACUAAAAGAGUUAAUAAUGGCAACACAGCUACAAAAGACCCUCCUCCUGCCAAGAAAUCUCGAAGAUGCCAGAGUCAGGGGGUGAAAAAGGAGCCUGUGGCUGGAGGAAAGGCUGAUAAGAACAGGACAGAAGACAAGCAAGAGUCUGUGAAGACCUUGCUGUUAAAGGGCAAAGCACCUGUGGACCCGGAGUGCACAGACAAGGUGGGGAAGGCCCAUGUGUACUGUGAAGGGAAUGAUGUCUAUGAUGUCAUGCUAAAUCAGACCAAUCUUCAAUUCAACAACAACAAGUACUAUGUGAUUCAACUGUUAGAAGAUGAUGCCCAGAGGAACUUCAGUGUUUGGAUGAGAUGGGGCCGAGUUGGGAAAACAGGGCAGCACAGCUUGGUGGCUUGUUCAGGGGAUCUCAACAAGGCCAAGGAAAUCUUUCAGAAGAAAUUCCUUGACAAAACAAAAAACAAUUGGGAGGAUCGUGAGAAGUUUGAGAAGGUGCCUGGAAAAUAUGAUAUGCUACAGAUGGACUAUACCACCAAUACUCAGAGUGAAGAGGAAGCAAAAAAAGAGGAAUCUCUUAAAUCCUCCGUGAAACCCGAGUCACAGCUAGAUCUUCGUGUCCAGGAGCUGAUAAAGUUGAUCUGUAAUGUCCAGGCCAUGGAAGAGAUGAUGGUAGAAAUGAAAUAUGAUACCAAGAAAGCCCCACUUGGGAAGCUGACAGUGGCACAAAUCAGGGCAGGUUACCAGUCUCUUAAGAAGAUCGAGGAUUGUAUUCGGGCUGGCCAGCAUGGACGAGCUCUCGUGGAAGCAUGCAAUGAAUUCUAUACCAGGAUCCCACAUGACUUUGGACUCCGUACCCCUCCAUUAAUCCGGACAGAGAAAGAACUGUCAGACAAAGUACAGCUACUAGAGGCUUUGGGAGACAUUGAAAUUGCCAUUAAACUGGUAAAGACAGAGCUGCAAAGCCAGGAACACCCAUUGGACCAACACUAUAGAAAACUACGUUGUGCCUUGCACCCUCUAGACCAUGAAAGUUAUGAGUUCAAAGUGAUUUCCCAGUACCUACAGUCUACUCAUGCUCCCACACACACUGACUAUACCAUGACCUUGCUGGAUGUUUUUGAAGUAGAGAAGGAGGGUGAGAAAGAAGCCUUCAGAGAGGACCUUCAUAACAGGAUGCUGCUAUGGCAUGGUUCCAGGCUGAGUAACUGGGUGGGAAUCCUGAGCCAUGGGCUUCGAAUUGCCCCACCUGAAGCUCCCAUCACAGGUUACAUGUUUGGAAAAGGAAUCUACUUUGCCGACAUGUCUUCCAAGAGUGCCAAUUACUGCUUUGCCUCUCGCCUAAAGGACACUGGACUGCUGCUCUUAUCAGAGGUAGCUCUAGGUCAGUGUAAUGAGCUACUAGAGGCCAAUCCUGAGGCAGAAGGAUUACUUCAGGGCAAACAUAGCACCAAGGGGCUGGGCAAGAUGGCUCCCAGUCCUGCCUCCUUCACCACGCUGAAUGGGAGUACAGUGCCCUUAGGACCAGCAAGUGACACAGGAAUUCUGAAUCCAGAGGGUUAUACUCUCAAUUACAAUGAAUUUAUUGUCUACAGCCCCAAUCAGGUCCGUAUGCGAUACCUUCUAAAGGUUCAAUUUAAUUUCCUGCAGCUGUGGUGAAUGUUGAUAUUAAAUAAACCAGAGAAGACAUGAUCUACAAGCAAGAAAAUAGGCAAUGCUGUACUUUUGAAUUUUCUGAUAUUUUAUGUAAUAAAAAUAGUACGAAUCUACCACUGGCUUCUUUGGGCU